GUCGCCCGGCGUUUGGCAAUCCUUACCCCGUGGAAGAGCAGGAGGAAAGUCCCUCUCCGCUGCCAGGGCUGCUUAGUUUAUGGCGCUGCAGCCGAGCGUCUGGGAGCCAGCUUGGUCACCAGACACGCCGCCUUGUUAAGACCAGCCACAGAGAGGAGUCGUGCAAGAUGAGUGGCAAAGCUGAGUACACAGGAUGCAGAGGGCAGUCGGAGUGAAGCACGCGGCCUCGAAAAUGUCUGUGUGCAGUGAUUUUGUGGAACACAUCUGGAAGCCUGGCUCCUGCAAAAACUGCUUCUGCCCCCGCAACUUCCACCAGCUGCAGACACCGCCGGUGGACCUGGGCGGUAGCGGUGAACUUUCGCGGGAUCUGAAUGGAAUCGGAGCCAAAGCUGAGCAUACCAUUCCAGAGGGUGACAGCAUAAUUUCUUUGCCAUACUCCAAGCCAACGAUUGCUGUUAAACCAACAAUGAUAAACUCGGAUGUUGCUGACAUGUGGGCGGAUGGGAACCUGAACACAGAUAUCCCACAGGUCAGCAAGAGGGCAACACCCAGAAAGCACAUCUUGAAGAAAUCUGGAGAAGAACAAAGAGCAAGCGCUGACAAUAUCGGCAAUAAUGUUAUAAGGAAGCGCACCAUUCCAAACGUUGCGGCUGAGUGUACUUCACACGGACGCCUUGUGAUUGACCCCACAGGUUUUGAAAGCAGGGCAGAAAGAAAUACCUCCUUCAGUAAAAUGACAUUUCUGGGCGAUAUGGGCGUACGGGAGGAUGUUGCGGACGUGGCCAGCAAGGAGAGGGUAGCCAUGCCAGAUGCAGGCUUCUGUCACAAGACAUCCACCCUCAGUGACAGAUAUGUUGCCUCUCCCUUGGACCCUGUGAACUACCCUCCCCUCCACCCAAGAGGAGAAGCGUCGCUUUCAGAGAAAGAUAGUACAUGUAGUUCCCUUGAUGUAGAAAGUGAAGGUGGUGAGUAUUGUUCCAUCACAGACUACUGCAGAAAGUCUCCUGUCCAUCAGGGAUUUGACAAUACCAGAGCCAAAGUGGAGUGGCCAGAAAGUGAAAACCCAGUUUCUAAAUUUCAGGGGCAGGAUGCUGCCAUGAAUACACGAGCCAAGUCCAAGAUAGGGAAUUUCAGUGGAGGGGAAAGCAGAGUUCUGAAUUCAGAUCCUGACUUUCAAAGGGAGAAACACCCUCCGUGUGAUUAUGCAUAUAACCACUUAUGCUCUGAAACAGACUUGCUAGGAUUUCUGCCAGACAGUGUGCUAAAAAGCAGCAGCCCAUUUGGUUUGUCUCAGGGAAAAUGUUGUCCUCUGGUCCUGGAUUCAGAACAAACGGAAGGCAGGCGUCUAGAAAAUGUAAGCAGUUCUGCAGAACGGCAGCUUUCCUUUGAAGCAGGUCCUCAAAAUGAGCCGAUCUAUGCAGAGAGUACGAAAAGGAAAAAGGCUCAGCCGAGUAAUUCCAAUGCACAUGCGAGGAGUGAUGCCCAGGGGUGCGGCCCAUGUAAAGAUCCAGAGGAUGGGCUUUGGAAAGAGCGGGCUCUCCCCUUGAACUGUGAAAAGGAGCUUCCAGAUUCUGCCACACAAGUCACAGCAACUAUUACCAUUGUGGCAGCCCACACAGAAGAUGACAACCGGACCAUCGUUCUUAGCAGCCCAGACUCGGCUGUUGGCGUCCAGUGGCCUUGUGCCAGCCCCACUUCUAACCCAGAGACUGGGAAAACACGGCAUUUCUUUGAGCCCCAAGCAAGCAGUGAAGUAAGUUCAAGGGAAAGUGGCCCUGGUUUCCAGCCCCAAAUGAUUAGCAAGAACAUGGUUGGUGAGACUCCAGCGAUUCCCCCAAAAUUGUCCAAAGGGAGCCCACCUAGAGAUGAAGGGUCUCUUAUACAAUCGGGGGGUCCUUCCACUGGUGAAAGCUGUGACAGCCCUGGCCAUGAAGAUGUUGACAUUCCAAGAAAUGGUGCAGACUGCAGUGGCUCUGGGCCACCUCCCUCCAUGUGUUCAUUAGUGGGCAGGAUCUCUCCCGAAGACUCCAGCAGAGGUCUGUCUGCCUCGGGUUCUGAGAGAAGACAGAAAUACUAUAAUCUAUCCUGGAGCAGGCAGUGCCGGAUAGAGGAAGAAGAGGAAGAAGAGCAGGGACUCUUGAAAAAUAUGCCGGAGAUGGAAAUAGGGAAUGGAGCAAGCAGUUCCUCAAGUACUUUUACUUUGCAUCAGGGGGAGAAAUGCUCGGUGCAAGAGAACAAGAUUGGAGGAAUGAGCAAGUCCGCGUCUUUUGCCUUUGAGUUCCCUAAAGACAGGAAUGGAAUUGAGGAAUUCGCACCACCGCCUCCACCGCCAAAGAAACAAUCCAGGCAUUUUCUUAAAAUGAACAAAAGCAAUUCUGAGCUGGAGAGGUUGGACAGCGAUUCUACAGAACACCUCAGCCCCACUUUCCAGGGGAUCCACGUCACUUUCACAGCUGGCUCCACAGACAGUUUGAAUUUGGACGCAAACACCAUCAGCAAUGGAGGGCAGAUAUGCAAAGCGAGUCUCCGUUCACCCACGCGUACCGGGAAGCAGAUCUUUCCUUCAGCUCAUUUCUCCGCAUGCCCCAGCAAGGACAGGCCACCCUCCAAGCCCUCGCAGCCACCCCCUCUGCCUCAAAAGAAAACAGUCAGCAGGGCGGUUUCUUCGCCUGACGGUUUCUACUGGGGCCCAGCCUCACCAGCCAGAGCAGCCGUUCCCACCAGCCCCAAGCUGAACUGUAGUCAGUCAGAAAGUAACGUCUGUACCCACGAGGAGUUUCCCUUUGGCUCCCACAUGGGAAAGAACCAGCGGACAUUUGCCUCCUCUGAAUCGCUGGAGAAAGCCUUCAAAGGAUCCCAUUUCCCGUUCCCGCCUUCUGGUAGGAACAGCAAUGCCUGCUGCAGCCAGAACAAAAACCUCCCGCCACGGUCUUUCUCCCAGCACAGCAUGUCUGCCCAGAUGUGCUCAGGUUCCAGCCUUCAGCUCCACAAUCUCCUCAGCAACAUCGACAGCAAGGAGGGGGUGUACACCAAGCUGGGGGGGCUCUAUGCGGAAUCCUUGCGCCGCCUCGUUUCCAAAUGUGAGGACUGCUUCAUGCGCGACCAGAAGGGCGAGCUGCACUUCAGCGAGAACAACUGGUCCCUCUUCAAACUGACCUGCAACAAGCCCUGCUGUGAUUCUGGGGAUGCUAUUUAUUACUGCGCCACCUGCUCCAAGGACCCCUCGAGCACCUACGCAGUGAAGAUUUGUAAAACGCAAGACACGAAAGCCACGGCCUCCUGCUGCAGCCCCUCCGUUCCCGUCCACUUCAACAUCCAGCAGGACUGUGGCCAUUUUGUCGCCUCCGUGCCCUCCAGCAUGCUGAAGAGCGCCUCCACGGACAGCCAGGGGCCCCCGCGCAACGCCUCCCCUGAGCAGGACUGCGUGGUUGUCAUCACCCGGGAGGUGCCGCACCAGACGGCCGCCGACUUCGUGCGGGACGCGGGGCCUCUCCACAAAGCGAAGCCGGAGCUGUACGAGCGGCGCGUGUGCUUCCUGCUCCUCCAGCUCUGCAAUGGGCUGGAGCACCUCAAGGAGCACGGCGUCAUCCACAGGGACCUUUGUCUGGAGAACUUGCUGCUGGUGCACUGCAGGCCGCUGCCCAGCAGCAGCAGCAGCAGCAGUAGUAAAACCAAAGAGGACGGCCGCCUGCCCAGGCUCAUCAUCAGCAACUUUCUGAAAGCCAAGCAGAAGCCGGGGGCUGCUGAGGCCAGCGUGAAAAGGAACCAGGCCCGCCUGGCCCCCGAGAUCGUCUCAGCCUCUCAGUACAAAAAGUUCGAUGAAUUCCAAACGGGCAUCCUCAUCUAUGAGCUCCUGCACCAGCCCAACCCAUUCGAAGUGAGGGCCAACCUCAGAGAGCAGGAGUACAGCCAGGACGACCUGCCUGCGCUCCCCAACUUGUCCAUCUAUUCUCGGGGGCUCCAGCAGCUCGCACAGCUGCUGUUGGAAGCGGACCCGAUCAAGCGCAUCCGCAUCACGGAGGCAAAGCGGAUUGUGCAGUGCCUGCUCUGGGGUCCCAGGAAAGACUUGACGGACCAGCCUCUCAACCACGAGGAAGCCCUCCACAGGGCCCUUCACAACUGGAUCGACAUGAAGCGGGCGCUGCUCAUGAUGAAGUUUGCCGAGAGGGCCGUGGAUGCUGAGCGCAACGUGGAGCUAGAGGACUGGCUGUGUUGUCAGUAUUUAGCCUCUGCGGAUCCCUCGUCUCUCUGGAAGUCACUGCAACUUCUUCAGCUACUCUGACCUCUGCAGUGUUUCAAGACACAGCACCAAUUCUAAGGGAAAUAGCACAAGAGUUUUCUGGGAAAAACUCCAUGUGGGAUAUGGCACCCGUCCUGGUUCCCUUUACAAAAUCACAAUUUACUAAAACAGAACAAAUUUCAUAUUCAGGCACAGCUGUGCAAAGUUCAAAACGCACAUACAUUUCAGGCUAAGUGUCAUUGUCAGUGUCGUGAAAUGUAAACCGUGUACCUGGAAUUUACCACCAGAUUUAUUGCAUUCUGUGUGAUUUUUGGAGACAAUUUUUUAAAGUGUGCUCUUCUUGCUUUGCUCGAUUUUGUUUUGGCAAGAUUCUGUUUUUUGUUACUUUUGUGGUGAAUACUGUCUCUCUUGGGGCAGA